AUGGAGAACACAGACGCAAGCGGGCAGAACAGUGCUUCCUCGAGCGACGAUCCCCCUCUUGCGCAGGGCCAUCUGCCUGACGAAUCCCAACAGACAUUCGGAGGCUUCACCAUCCAGUCCGAUAACGUGGUUUUGGCCGACAAGCGUAACAGAUUGGCGGCAGAGGUGUCAGCAAUGGAGAAUAAAAAAGAACAAUUACAAGAGAAGCUAUUGAGACGGCGACGCUCAGACGACACCGGAUUGAAAACUUGUGCCAUUGGCAGCAUAAAAUUCCUCCCCAUGGAGGAGCUGUGCGGCAUUUGCGAGAUUCAUAUUCUUGGGAAGGUGCUUGGUGACAACGACCUCAAGGCUCUCCACACAUCUAAAAAACUUACCCGAAUCAGAAAUUCCAAGUACCGAGGCGUCUGUGACGUGCAGCUGCUGGCCGACUUGAAGCAACUACAGGAGGUGCACUUGGAAGUUGAUGGUGAGAUACGGAACAUGACCUCACUCAGUCGACUACCAGAACUGAGAAAGGUUUUAUUGAGCAACCCAAACAUAUAUGAUAGCGACAUGCAUUGUCUGGGCCUCCUCCAAAACUUGGAGGAACUCUCUCUUCGAAACUGUUACCGCGUUACAAGCUGUCAGCGUAUCAGUCAACUUCCACUCCUUCGGGUGCUUGAUAUCAGCUUUACGAGAGUCACCAAUGAAGAACUGACGGGCCUCAGCGCGAGUCGCAGCCUUGUGAAGGUUGUGCUCCUAAACUGCAGGCGCCUUACAGAUGUGUCUCCUCUCGCAUCCAUCCGAACAUUGGAAGAGGUGUACCUGUCUGGGUCUGAAGGAGUGAGGAGUUUUGGUGCCCUUGGAAGGCUGCCUGUCCUGCGUCUGCUUGAUUUCGGAUGCACUGCUAUUACCGACGAGGAGUUGCGGUGCCUCAGUGGAAGUCGUAGUCUUGUGAAGGUUGUGCUCCGACACUGCAGGUACCUUACAGAUGUGUCUCCUCUCGCAUCUGUCGAGACACUGGAAGAGGUGGAUCUGUCUGGAUGUGAAGGUGUGAGGACUGUUGGUGCUCUUGGCAGGCUGCCUGUCCUGCGUGUGCUUGACUUGGGAUCUGCUGCUAUUACAUACGGGGAGUUGCAGGGUCUCAGUGCGAGUUGCAGUCUUGUGAAGAUUGUACUCCAACACUGCAGGUACCUUACGGAUGUGUCUCCUCUCGCAUCCAUUGAGACACUGGAAGAGGUGUAUCUGUUUGGGUCUGAAAGAGUGAAGAUUGUUGGUGCCCUUGGCAGGCUGCCUGUCCUGCGUGUGCUUGACUUGGGAUCUGCUGCUAUUACUGACUGGGAGUUGCAGCGUCUCAGUGCGAGUCGCAGUCUUGUGAAGAUUGUACUCCAACACUGCAGAUACCUUACAGAUGUGUCUCCUCUCGCAUCCAUCCGAACACUGGAGGAGGUGUACCUGUCUGGGUGUGAAAGAGUGAGGAGCUUUGGUGCCCUUGGNACUGCAGGCACCUUACAGAUGUGUCUCCUCUCGCAUCCAUUGAGACACUGGAAGAGGUGA